CACACAUCACCUCCUCUCUUUCCUCACUAUCACCCUCAAUUACUCCUUCGAACCACAUUCGAAGUCUCGUAGCAGCAGCAACACCACUCAAUCCCCUCAAGCCGCUGCACAACACCAUCACCAUGGUGCAAUCCUCCGUUUUGGGCUUCCCUCGCAUGGGAAAGCUCCGUGACCUCAAGAAGGCCAACGAGGCCUACUGGGCCGACAAGCUCUCCCGCGACGAGCUCCUCGCCGAGGCCAAGAGACUGAGACUCGAGCACUGGAAGAUUCAGAAAGACGCUGGCGUCGACAUCAUCCCAAGCAACGACUUCUCACACUACGACCAUGUGCUCGACCACAUUCAGAUGUUCUCCGCUGUGCCGGAGCGAUACAGCAAGCACAAGCUCCACGCCAUCGACGAGUACUUCGCCAUGGGUCGUGGACACCAGAAGGAGAACGUGGACGUGCCAUCCCUGGAGAUGGUGAAGUGGUUCGACUCCAACUACCACUACGUCAAGCCAACCCUGCAAGAUGGCCAGACUUUCAAACUUGUGGACAAUGCCAAGCCAGUUGCUGAGUUCAACGAGGCCAAGGAGGCCGGCAUCAUCACUCGUCCCGUCAUCCUUGGUCCAGUCUCUUUCCUCCACCUCGGAAAGGCUGACCGUGGCUCGUCCGUCGACCCCAUCACCCUUCUUGACAAGCUCCUCCCAGUCUACGAGGAGCUGCUCACCCAGCUCAAGGCUGCCGGUGCUGAGACCGUCCAGAUCGACGAGCCAGUCCUCGUCUUCGACCUCCCAAAGAAGACCCGCGAUGCAUUCAAGCCAGCCUACGAGAAGCUCACUGCUCUCCAGGGCGGCAAGGGCUCGCAGCUCGUCCUCGCCACCUACUUCGGCGAUGUCAUCCACAACUUCGACGUGAUUGACGCGGCUCUUACUGGUACAUACGCUUUCCAUGUUGACCUCGUCCGUCACCCAGAGCAGCUCGCCAAGGUCGCUGAGCACCUCGGCCCCAAGCAGGUCCUUUCUGCUGGUGUCGUUGACGGCCGUAACAUUUGGAAGACCAACUUCAAGAACGCCAUUGAGCUCCUCGAGACCGCUAUCCAGAAGCUUGGCAAGGAGCGUGUUAUCGUCGCCACCUCCAGCUCGCUUCUCCACACCCCACACACCCUCGCCAGCGAGAAGAACCUCGAUGACGAGGUCCGUGACUGGUUCUCGUUCGCCUCUGAAAAGGCUAUCGAGGUUGCCAUUCUGGCCAAGGCUGUCACUGACGGCCCAGAUGCUGUCCGCUCCCAGCUUGAGGCCAACGCCGUGAGCAUGCAGAGCCGUGCCACAUCCAAGCGCACCAACAACCCCGCCGUCAAGGAGCGCAUGGCUGCCGUCAAGAAGGAGGACUACGAGCGCAAGUCUGGCUUCACCGCUCGCUACGAGGCUCAGAAGAAGCACCUCAACUUGCCAAUCUUCCCAACUACCACCAUCGGUUCCUUCCCCCAGACCAAGGAGAUCCGUAUCCAGCGCAACAAGUUCACCAAGGGCGAGAUCACUCCAGAGGAGUACGAGAAGUUUAUUGAAAAGGAGAUCGACGAGGUUGUCCGCAUUCAGGAAGAGCUCGGCCUCGAUGUCCUCGUCCACGGUGAGCCAGAGCGCAACGACAUGGUGCAAUACUUCGGUGAGCGCCUUGACGGCUAUGUCUUCACCACCCACGCCUGGGUCCAGUCAUACGGAUCUCGCUGUGUCCGACCACCAAUCCUUGUUGGCGACGUCUCCCGCCCAGCACCGAUGACCGUUAAGGAGAGCAAGUACGCCGCCAGCAUCAGCAAGAAGCCAAUGAAGGGUAUGCUGACUGGUCCAAUCACUUGCCUGCGAUGGUCGUUUCCACGUGACGACGUCCACCAGUCUGUCCAGGCUGCUCAGCUUGCUCUUGCUCUUCGUGACGAGGUCGUUGACCUUGAGAAGGCUGGCGUCUACGUCAUCCAGGUCGAUGAGCCAGCUCUCCGUGAGGGUCUUCCACUCCGUGCUGGCUCUGAGCGUGAGAAGUACCUCCAGUGGGCUGUCGACAGCUUCAAGCUUUCCACCGCCGGUGUUGAGGACUCUACCCAGAUCCACUCUCACUUCUGCUACUCUGAGUUCCAGGACUUCUUCCACGCCAUUGCUGCUCUCGAUGCUGAUGUUCUUUCCAUCGAGAACAGCAAGUCUGAUGCCAAGCUUCUGAAGGUCUUCAUCGAUGAGGCCUACCCACGUCACAUCGGACCGGGUGUCUACGACAUCCACUCUCCACGUGUUCCGAGCGAGCAGGAGAUCAAGGACCGCAUCCAGGAGAUGCUUCAGUACCUCAAGCCAGACCAGCUCUGGAUCAACCCAGACUGCGGUCUCAAGACUCGCCAGUGGAAGGAGACCAAGGCCGCUCUGGUCAACAUGGUCAACGCUGCCAAGUACUUCCGUGAGCAGCAGAAGUAGGCACUUUAACGUGACUACUACUAUAGAGGUUUGGAGUACGGCGCAAAGGGACAUAUUUGCAGUGCUUUGAACAGUUGCGGCACUCAACAGCUGCAUUUUUCAACAAUGAUACCCAAUUUUACUCAACGUCUGGUCAGCGAUGGAGUUCAACAACAGGAUGGGCGGGAUGGUGUGAUGAUGGAAUGAAAAGCUACCUUGCCUUGCGACGACCUCAACGAUCGUCAAGAGUCGCGUCGAUGGGGGGAAUCCGCGACUCGGGUGAGUGGUAAAUGCAUGGGGCAGGCGCUUUUGAUAGGUCAUGGUAGCAGCUACCGAUGUACUAUUGAUGAACAUCUUCAACACAGCAAG